UACGUCCUCCGGAAAGAAAAAGAGAGAGAGGGAGAGAGCGAGCGAGCAGAAAAACGCCGAGCCCCUACAGCUCAGAUCUCAAAUCUUCCUCCUCCUCCUCCACCUCCUCCAAACACACAACAACAACCACCACCACAAAUCCGCUGCGCUCCCAAAACAACCCCCCGAUUGCAAACCACAGAGCUGCCUGCAACACACACACGCUCGCAGAGGGAGCGAGAAAGCUAAGAGGGAGAGAGGGGAGAGGAGCCUGCAGCAAGCAGCUUCUCAGCAGAACGGCUACAUUGCACAAGCUGCUUUUUUGGAGGAGCUCAGUGGAAGAAAGCUCUGGGAUUUUAUUUUAGAUCCACUUUAUUUUGUUUUCUUUGGCUUUCCCCUUUCCUCUUGAUCAUUUGCAACAGCUACAAAAAAAAGUGACUUGGUAUUGGCGAGUCGGCCUCCUGUUCAUUGAGGAAAAAAAAAAGAAAAGCGUGUGUGUGAGACUGAUCUCUUUUUAGGAGCAAAGAAAACCCACCCCGACCUGAAGAGGUGUUUUGAUUAUUAUAGUGUAUACGCGCACACAAGUAUUUAUAAUCGAUCUGGGGAGAGGGAUCUAACUUUGCUCUGGACUUUUUUUUUUACAUGGUGAUCGUUCUUACUCUAAUUUACAAGUUGGACUAAAGCAGAGUUUGGAAAAGAAUUUUUUUUUGCUUUAGGGCUGGAUUUAUUUGCAAACCGCAGGAAGAAGAACAUACAAGAGAGAGAGGGGUUUGGUGCAGCGCCGCGAUCACGGUUGUCUGCACUCUCCGGCGGGCUAGGGGCCGUCGCCUCUCACCUGCUGCGCGCCCCCCGCCCCGUAUGGAGCCGGAGACAGGGAGGGGAGCGGAGACCGGAGGCUGCUUCUCCAGCUCCCACCUUGGCGUCUGAAGGGGGUUCCGCCGCCGAUCCCAGGGUCGUCUGAAGCGCCUUCAGGAUUUCAGAUGUGUUCUAAGCCUGCCGGAGUGAGCACGCUUCCGGGCACUGAUGGAGACAAGAGCUCAGCACAGCAGCGGGUCGCAGCCCUUACUACAGGCUCGGCGUGACAGUGGGAGACCACACGGGGAGCCUGACCUGCGGGAUGUCCUAAUGCAGCAGGUUCACGUCUUGUCAUUGGACCAGAUCAGAGCCAUCCGAAACACGAAUGAAUACACAGAGGGACCUACGGUAGCUCCACGGCCAGGGGUCAAGUCCACUCCUCGGCUGGCAACCCAAUCCAAAAAUGAGAGACCCCAUGGCUUGCCCGAGCAUCGUCAUUUUAGCCGGAUUCAGCACACACAGACACACGCAUCUCCUCGGGCACCACUGUCCCGAUCUAUCAGCACGGUCAGCACAGGUUCACGGAGCAGUACGAGGACAAGUACGAGCAGUAAUUCAUCUGAGCAAAGACUUCUAGGAUCAUCUUCAGGGCCAGUUGCUGAUGGGAUAGUCCGAAUGCAGCCCAAGUCUGAGCUCAAGUCGAGCGAGCUGAAGCCACUGAGCAAAGAAGACUUGGGAGCACACAGCUACAGGUGUGAAGACUGUGGAAAGUGUAAGUGUAAGGAGUGCACUUAUCCGAGGACCCUGCCCUCAUGUUGGAUUUGUGACAAGCAAUGUCUUUGCUCAGCCCAGAACGUGGUUGAUUACGGGACUUGUGUUUGCUGCGUGAAGGGCCUCUUCUACCACUGCUCUAACGAUGAUGAGGACAACUGUGCUGACAACCCCUGCUCCUGCAGUCAGUCACAUUGCUGCACUAGGUGGUCCGCCAUGGGUGUAGUGUCCCUCUUUCUGCCUUGCUUGUGGUGUUACCUACCAGCCAAGGGUUGCCUUAAGUUGUGCCAGGGCUGUUACGACCGGGUAAAUCGGCCUGGGUGCCGCUGUAAACACUCCAACACCGUUUGCUGCAAAGUUCCCAGCAUCCCCCCUAGGAACUUUGAAAAGCCAACGUAGCAUCACUAGUCAGAAACACUAAAGUAACAAGGAUUAUUAUUUUAACAUACAUAUGCAACCAGCUAAGCAGCUAUGGUCUUGGCACUGUAGUAGAAGGGUUGGGGAUGUACUUUGCUGUUUGCAGUGAAAUGCUUUUCUCUGUGUGUGCCAUCUUAACUGAUACGCUUGUUAGGAUCCAGCUAGUGGCAUACAGGAAAAAAAAAAGGGAUGCAGUACAUUGUGACCCACAUAUUGCAUAAGCUAAAGCAACACAGACACUCCUAGGCAACUCUAUUGUUUGUGAAUAGUACUUGCAAGAUUUGUAAAUUAGUAAAUGACUGCUUUUUUUUCAUUGUUUUCUGCCAGAGAUAAUAUGCUAUAUUUUUGUAUAUACAAUAAUAUUUUCAACUGUGAAAAGUAAGUGGUGUCAUAAGACAUGGCACAGUCAUAAAAUAUUAUACUAAUAUGUUGUACAUUCGGAAGAAUGUGAAUCAAUCAGUAUGUUUUUAGAUUGUAUUUUGUCUUACGGAAACUUUCUAUUACAAGACUUUGAUUUCCCUUCGGACUUCAUGUAUAUUGUACAGUUACAGUAAAAUUCAGCCUUUAUUUUCUAAUUUUUUCAACAUAUUGUUUAGUGUAAAAAAUAUUUAUUUGAAGUUUUAUUAUUUUAUAAAAAGAAAUAUUUAUUUUAAGAGGCAUCUUAAAAAUGUCACCCCUUUUUAUGAGGACGUCACAGUUGCUGCAAAUAAGGGGUGAACGAUGCAUAUGUUCACUAUAAAAUAGAAAAUAUAUUAACGUUUGAAAUUAAA